UAAAUUUGUUUAAACUCGACCGCCGGUGAUUAUUUUCAAAAUAAUUCGCUAUUUUUUGGCGGUGGCCUACGCGUGGCAGCCCUGGCGCUGUGCUGCGAUAGCGAUACAUCGAUAACGCAACCUUGAUACACUAACUGCCAUCCCAACUCACUCUUGGUUGUUUUUUUUUGCGUUUUUGCAUAACAAAAUCUUGGAAAUUCGCCCAAAACGCAGGCGAUUGCGGAAACGGAGUUCAGGAGACCAGGAGAGGCACAUCCCACCUUCAGAACAGACGAAAUGGGACAGUACACGGCGUCGCAGCGCAAGAAUGUGAGGAUCCUGCUCGUGGGCGACGCCGGGGUGGGUAAGACUUCGCUGAUUCUGUCGCUGGUCAGCGAGGAGUACCCGGAGGAGGUGCCUCCACGGGCCGAGGAGAUCACCAUUCCGGCGAACGUCACACCAGAGCAAGUGCCUACGAGCAUCGUUGACUUCUCGGCAGUGGAGCAGACGGAGGACGCCUUGGCCGCCGAGAUCAACAAGGCGCACGUGGUCUGCAUAGUGUAUGCCGUGGACGAUGACGACUCCCUGGACCGGAUCACUUCCCAUUGGCUGCCGCUCAUCCGCACCAAGUGCAAUCCCUCGCUGGACGGCGAAGGAGAUGCCGAAGCGGAGGCGGAGGGCGGUGACGCCCAGCGGGAACCCGUGCGGAAACCCAUCGUUUUGGUCGGCAACAAGAUCGACCUGAUUGAGUAUUCCACAAUGGAUAGCGUGCUAGCCAUCAUGGAGGACUAUCCCGAGGUCGAAAGCUGCGUGGAAUGCUCGGCCAAAACGCUCCAUAAUAUCUCUGAGAUGUUCUACUACGCCCAGAAGGCAGUGCUGCACCCGACUUCACCGUUGUACGUGAUGGAAGAGCAGGAGCUUACAUCCGCCUGCAAGAAGUCGCUGGUGCGAAUCUUUAAAAUCUGCGACAUUGACGGGGAUAAUCUACUGAACGAUUACGAGCUGAAUUUGUUUCAAAGGAGAUGCUUCAACACACCUCUUCAGCCUCAGAUUUUGGACGAGGUGAAAGCCGUGAUACAGAAGAACGUACCCGAUGGCAUCUACAACGAUGCGGUCACCCUGAAAGGCUUCCUCUUUCUGCACUGCCUGUUCAUCCAGCGGGGAAGGAAUGAGACCACCUGGGCGGUGCUGCGUCGUUUUGGCUACAAUGACCAAUUGGAGAUGUGCCAGGAGUAUCUGCGACCACCCCUGAAAAUACCACCUGGUAGUAGCACAGAACUUUCGCAUCGGGGACAGCAGUUCCUCAUUGCAGUGUUCGAGCGUUACGAUCGCGAUGGAGACGGAGCCUUGUCGCCCGAGGAGCACAAGAUGUUGUUCAGCACAUGUCCCUCUGCACCGUGGUCUUAUUCCACGGACAUUCGCAAAUCCUGCCCGAUUAACGAGACUACUGGUUGGGUGACCCUGCAUGGCUGGCUUUGUCGCUGGACACUAAUGACUCUAAUCGAUGUGGUCAAGACCAUGGAGUAUUUGGCCUACCUUGGCUUUAAUGUUCAUGAAAACGACAGCCAGUUGGCCGCAAUACACGUGACGCGAGAGCGUCGCAUCGAUUUGGCCAAGCGCCAAAGCAGUCGGUCCGUGUACAAGUGUCAUGUGAUUGGGCCCAAGGGAUCGGGAAAAACGGGAAUGUGUCGCGGCUUUCUGGUGGAGGACAUGCAUAAGCUAAUCGGCAAGGAGUUCAAGACGAAUGUGGUCCAUUGCAUCAACUCUGUGCAGGUGUAUGGCCAGGAAAAGCAUCUUAUCCUGCGCGACAUCGAUGUAAGACAUGCCCUUGAUCCCCUCCAGCCGCAGGAAGUGAACUGCGAUGUGGCCUGUCUGGUCUUUGACUCAUCCAAUCCCCGCUCCUUCGAGUACGUGGCCCGUAUCUAUAUCAAGUAUUAUGCGGAGAGCAAGAUCCCGGUCAUGAUAGUUGGCACCAAGAGCGACAUGGAUGAGCGCCGUCAGGACUACUUAAUGCAGCCGGCAGAGUUCUGCGAGAAGUACAAGCUUCUGCCCCCGCACCUCUUCAGUCUAAAGACCAACAAGAAAGAACUGUAUACCAAGCUGGCCACCAUGGCAGCUUUUCCACGCUUCCAGGCCGCCUGGAUACUGUUCUACAAGCACAGGUUGGUACAGCUGUGGGAAUCGGCCCACUUGCGGCAGUUUGGCUUGAUGACGGAGGAUCCAAAGCUGUGGUGGAAGGCGGGACUGGGCGUGGCCGCAGCUACCAUGCUGGGAUUCAUUGUGCUUAAAACUAUCAGCGCUGCCGGAGCACAUUCCCGCUAAAGGAAUAUACUGGAUUUUGGGGAGGGACUUAAAAACACAGAUGUUUACCACAGACAAGUUAAUGUUUAACAAAUUCAUGUAACUUAUUUAUUACUUCUUUGCUUGCUACUGUAAAUCCAAAUUUAUUGUUACGAAAGCCAAAGCAAACAAUGAAAGGGGCACACGCCGAUGUUCUCAUUCCUGACAUGUAAAUACACGCGCCAAGUACACUAGCAGGAAUUUGGCAUAAGCAGAGGCCAGUGGACAAUGAAUAGCGGCAGGCCAGUCGAGCACAUUGUGUACGUUGCAUUUCAAUUCGUUUAUAACGCUAACUUAAACCAUGUACUCUCUGAUAAGUCAAAUAAGUUAUUGUUACCAUCAUAAUCGUGUAACUAAACAACCGAUAUCGUGCAUAGCUGAUAGUGAUAUGUACACGUACUGGGUUCUAUAUAAACCAUAUAUACUACACCUAGAAAACCGCCCGAUUGGGUGAUAUCGCACUUUUGUAAAUACGCGCAAAGCCCCUAGUAUGAGCAAUAAAUCUAUCUAUAUAUGUGGAUUUACAUAUAGCGAACUUUAAAGAAAUAAAA